UCAAUAUAAACCAAAUGUUGUUUUACAUUGCAUAAGGUUAAACUUGAGUAUCGGAGAUAUUUGAAUUGAAUGUCUAUACAUACCGAUGUGAAUAUAUGUUAUUUGUUUACUAGACUUGUUUCAAUUCUAUUUCAAACUCCCCAGCAGUUCCAGAGCCAAUCCGCAUUCUAUUGUAUACUGAUUAAGGGAAAUAGUUCUGGAACAGAAACGAUCACUGUACUGAGUUAAGAUCUAUAUUGGCACUGGCGAUAUUAAGAAUACUCUACGAUGUUCCGGAUUCUGCUUGUUGUAUCAACUAUUGUUGGAUUUAUCCUGUGUUUUCUGUCAAUGGCUUUACCCUACUGGGUCAACUUUGAGACAGCUACAUAUUCUGGACAAAUAGGAGUUUUUUUGCUUUGCAUUAAUCAACAUGAAGAUGGCGUUUCUUGUAGCAGAAUUGUGAAAGACUCAUACAUAGUAGAUGGGAGUUACAAGAUUCCGCAAGUAUUUAUGGGCCUCGGGUUUUCUUUCUACCUGAUCAGCGUUUUCUUAGCCACUAUGACAUUCUUCUGGACACGUGACCUGAAAAAAAUAAGAGGAAUCAAGUUUGCUGCUGCAUCAUUUGCUUUUCUAACAGCGAUUUGCUUGGUAGUCGCUGUUGUUGUAUUUCACAACAUGUAUGACAAAGAAACAGAAACUAUAACUUAUGGAUGGUAUAUUGCAGUUAUUAGUCUUAGUUGUGUAACUUUAGCCUGUCCAUGUUAUAUUAUUGAUGGGUGUCGUACUAACAAACAAAAAGACGAAAAAGUUCCAAAAACAAAUACAGCUCCCAGCCCUACUGCUCUCACUGUCUAUCGAAGACAGAAAUUAAAAGAUGGCUUCAAUGAUCAAAUUUUAGAACAGCAAAGCCAGUUACCGGAACCACUUUGCUUUGAAGACAAAUAUGCCAUCUUAUCUGACGAAACAAACAUAGAACAUGACAGCGAUAACGAUACUAAUGAAUUAAAGUCAACGACAACUUUAAAACAACCAAUGGUUGUUCCACCAUCUUCUGAGUUUAGCACGAAAGCAAGUGACGACUAUGAAUGCAAUGAUGAUAACUUUAUUCAUCCACCUCCGAAAAUUGUAAGUUCAGAUCCACCGUCUUCUGAGUUUAGCAUUAAAGCAAGUGACGACUAUGGUUGCAAUGAAGAUAACUUUAUUCAUCCACCUCCGAAAAUUGUAAGUUCAGAUCCACCGUCUUCUGAGUUUAGCUUUAAAAAAAUUGGCGACUAUGGUUGCAAUGACGAUAACUUUGUUCAUCCAGCUCCGAAAAUUGUCAGUGCAGAUACUAAUACCCCUUUCAAAGACAUUUUACUCAAAAACUUACAACCUCAUUCCGGUAACGAUAGGGAUAUAUCCAGAACAUUUAGUUGUUAUAGUUUAGAGAGUGGUCAGACUGAUGAUAGUGACCUUGAAUUUCAUUUGCUUACAAAAGGUACAAGGUCAAAUAAGGUAAUUGAUGAAGAUCGUCCUCCAAGUCGUGAAGCAUUCGAUGAAAGGAAAAUUGUCGAUGGACAAAUCGUCACAGAGAUCCGGCAUGAUGAAUUAGCUACGACGGAUAUAUUUGGUUCAAACAAAGAGUUAAGUGAAUUUAAGGAACCAAAUCAUCUUUAUGAGUCAUCAAAUGCAUUACAAAUAGAAGAGAUAGUAGAAAUACACUCUGAGCCAUCAAAUGCAUUACCAAUAGAAGAGGUAGUAGAAAUACACGCCGAGCCUUCAAAUGCAUUACCAAUAGAAGAGGUAGUAGAAAUACACGCUGAGCCUUCAAAUGCAUUACCAAUAGAAGAAGUUGAAGUAAGGCAAUCUGAGACAUCAAAUGCAUUACCAAUAAAAGAAGUUGAAGUAAGACAAUCUGAGACAUCAAAUGCAUUACCAAUAGAAGAAGUUGAAGUAAGGCAAUCUGAGACAUCAAAUGCAUUACCAAUAAAAGAAGUUGAAGUAAGACAAUCUGACACAUCAAAUGCAUUACCAAUACAAGAAGUUGAGACAUCAAAUGCAUUAUCAAUAAAAGAAGUUGAAGUAAGACAACCUGAGACAUCAAAUGCAUUACCAAUAGAAGAAGUUGAAGUAAGACAAUCUGACUCGUCAAAUGCAUUACCAAUAAAAGAAGUUGAAGAAAGACAAUCUGAAGCUGUAAAUGCAUUACCAAUAGAAGAAGUUGAAGUAAGACAAUCUGAAGCUGUAAAUGACAAUAACACACAGUAUACAGUUAAAUCGGCACCCAAACGUUCGAGCAGACGUUAUAAAUCAGAACAUAAUAACCAGGCUUCCGCAAAAUCAAACAGUAAAAUUUUCAGAGCACAAUAUGGCACAAGUUCACCAUACACGAAAAAUUUAGACUUACCGAAAGAAAAGGGGAAAUAUGAUGAUAAAAGGCAGAAACCUGAAAAAAAGUCUAGUAAGCGAAUGAAACAGAAUUCAACACAACACGGUAAAACAAAACGUAAGUUAGGAGACAGUCGAGUAGCUCACAAAGAUUCCAAUGCAGCAAAAGAAGAAAUACCGAACAAAGCUACCGUUAAAAGUAUGUUUGGGUACUGCAAUGGCGACGGAGUCUUUACACAAUUCCUGAAAGAAAAUGCACCUUCUUCUGACUUGGUAGCUGAUACAUUUGAUGAAAACCAUUCUGGUAAUCGCAAACAUAAAAAUGAAAACCAGCUUGGCGAACAAUCUGAAAAAGAGGCAGACGGUUCGGUGUCUUGCAAAGAUUUGAAUACAAUAAAAGAAGAAAUACCGAUCGAAGCAAAAACUAAAAGUGUUGUUGGGAAAAGGGAAUUUUUAUACUAGAGUUCUUGUUGGGUAUGACAUAGGCGGUGAAGUCUGCACACAAUUCCGAAAGAAAACGAAAGUCCACACCCUCUUGCGAAUAUAUAUAAUGAAAAACGUGAAAAAAACCAGCAUGGCGUAUUAAUUCUGAAAUGCAGGCUAUUGAAAGAGAGGAGUAUCGAUUGAGACAGAAAUUAUUGUCAUGAAAAAUGCUCUGACGGUAAAGAAAAUUUAGAACUGUCGACAAGAAAUAGUACACAUGUACUCAAAGUAAAAUAGGAAAAUUUUGGUUGGGUUAAAAUUUACGUGCCCAAGCUACUUUAUGACAGCCCUCAAACCAAAAAGGAUGCGAAAACUAACUUUCAACAUGUCAAUAAAGAUUAAUAAAAAUA